CCUUUUUAUUUUUGCUCUAGCAGAGAAAUAAAUAAGUCCUAUCGUGAUUUCACAUAAUGUCUAAUCUGAUAAAAAAAAAUAUAUACUGUUCAAUGUAACGUGAUCUUUGAUUAAGUAAAAUCAUGUUUUGGGUUACUCAGGGUGUCAGCCUUGUGAUCCACUAUAUCACACCGGAUUUAUCUUACUGGCUUAAAAUUGUGUUGAUGUACUUUAGCCUGUGAAGAAGAUCAGCUUCAAAGGAAGAAAAUCGACCAAAUGGGUGGAAAGAAAUCAAAACCAGUGCCUGCAGAAGCCUUUGACAAACCAUGGAGAAACGUGGACUGGAACACAAAAGACCGCUUGAAAACUGAGUUAAGUCAGUUUCAGCUUAACCAUCCAGAAAUCAGCCGUUUCAGAAUACUGCUUCAUGGACCAGUCGGAGCUGGGAAAUCCUGCUUCAUAAACUCUGUGAUGAGCGUAUUCAAAGGAAAAAUUGUAGUCAGAGCAGUGGAAGAGACAUCUGCAGGAAAGAGCUGCACAAAAACAUACGAAACUUACAAAAUCACUGAUGCAUAUUCUGAGAUUUUGCCAUUUGUCCUCAAUGAUGUUAUGGGUCUGGAAGAUCGUCGGGAAGAUGGAAUUGAUCCUGAAGAUAUCAUUAAAGCACUGCGUGGCCAAGUAAAAGAAGGCUAUAAGUUUAAUCCUGUUUCUCCACUGUGUGAAUCAGACCCAAGCUUCAUAAACGAACCCAGUCCAAAUGACAAAGUUCACUGUUUGGUGAGUGUAGUGCCUGCGAAUAGCAUCUCGCUUCUGGCAAAUGAGGUUGUUCAGAAGAUGCAAACUGUCAGGAAGGAAGCCCUCCGUUUGGGCAUCCCUCAUGUGGUUCUGAUGACGAAGAUAGAUGCUAAUGUCUGCCCACUGGUUAAGAAGGAUCUAACUGAGGUUUACAAAAGCGUUAAAAUAAAAGAAAAGAUGGUGGAAUGCAGCCACAGACUUGGUCCACCAGUGAAAUGCAUCUUCCCAGUGAGCAACUAUUAUGAGGAGAGUGAAACAAGUGACAAAAAAGAUGUGCUUAUUCUCUUGGCAUUAAAGGCAAUUGCAGGAUUUGUUAAAGAUUAUAUUGAAGAUCUCUGAGUUAUAUGCUAAAGCAUUCUCUCUUCCUUAUCCAUUUGAAAAAGGGAGUUCUUUAUGUAACUCAUAUACAAAUUUUGUGUAUAAAUGACCAAUGACUAUUAAUUAGCGACCCUUAAUGGUGUUACAGGUUUUUUUUGUAUGGCAUUUAUUGAUUAUUCUCUUUAUUCUGCACACUCAUUAUUCAGCAGCGCAUUAAAAUAGCACUUGAUCCAGCAUAUGCUAUUAUUUUGUAUUUUUUUUUAUAUUAUGUGAUGACAGCUACUUCUGUGCACAGCUUUAUACAGCAACAAGAUACUAACUCAAGAUCAUAAAGUUGUAAUGUGUGCCUGUUAUGUAGGCUAAUUUAUAGCUCAUUUGAUUGGCUAUUGUUAAAUUAAUGCCACUCAUCUGCUAUGCUACAAAUCACUUGUUUAUAAUUUUAUCCAUAAAAAAUUUCAGUGCUUGAAAAAAGCAAUGUCUCUGACCAAGAUACUGCCUCCUAUUAUAUCCUGAGUGAUAAACACUUUUUUGUGGACUUUAAAGUGAUGAUAUUAAUAAUGAAUUAAUCAAUAGUCUCAUGUUUGGCUUUGAUUAGCAUUCCAUGUUUUUUUUUUUUUUUAAUUUGUAUUUACAAUCAAAUACAUAAUUUCUUCAGUGUGAUAUAUUGUGGUUCAGUGCUUCUUUUUUUCUGUGCACUGUGACACUUUUUCCAAUUUUGCAGUAUCUUAUUAUGUAUUCUGAUAUUUUGUGUUUAUUUAAUUAUUUCUAUAUUUAUUUUAAAUUUAUUUUAAAUGUACAACUUCUACGGUACAAUUAUAAAAACCCCGCUUUGUUUGUGGUAUUCUACUACCACCAAUAUGUAGUCAUUGAAAUUUAUUGUAUAAGUCAAUGUAGUUUAAAAUUAUAGUAAAUGUGCCAUUACUGCAAACAAAAAAUAUAUUAAGAAUGUUCUAAAUAUGAAUUACAAUAAUGACCUGCCAACUCUGCUGCCAGUUAGGUACAAGGUAACUUUAUGUCAACAGCAGGCCAAAACAAUGCAACUUUUAACUGUGAUGAACUUUUGACUGUGUACAACAAUAGUGAAACUGCUGAUGAUUAAAAACCUCUUACCACA